CGACACAGCACCCCAGUGGCUCAGACAAUUACCCACUGACUCCCCGGGAAAUCUACCACGAUGCCUUCCAACAGACUCACCUACAGGCGACGUGCGCCAUACAACACCAGGAGCCAGAAGGUGCGCAUCAUCAAGACUCCUGGCGGCGAGCUCCGUUACCUGCACAUCAAGAAGAGGGGCACUGCUCCCAAGUGCGGUGACUGUGGUACCAAGCUCCAGGGUGUGCCCGCCCUCCGCCCCCGCGAGUACGCCCAAGUGUCCCGCCCCAAGAAGACGGUCCAGCGCGCCUACGGCGGAUCGCGAUGCGCCGGCUGCGUCCAGGACCGCAUUGUGCGUGCUUUCCUGAUCGAGGAGCAGAAGGUUGUCAAGAAGGUGCUCAAGGAGUCCCAGCAAAAGAAGCGUUAAGCGGUUGCAUUGCGAGGUGAAGGGGGUUUAGCAUGUCAAAACUGGGUCAACGGUGUUUACGUGCAUUAUGGGCAGUCUCCUGGUUCGGUCGGCUUUUACGAUACCAAGAGGAUUUCUGCGUCACGCCGCCAGGCUGUAGCUGAGUAGGGUUACGAAUACAUCCACAAGCUGCGACACGGGUUUUUGCCGGAGACUGUAGCGUGAGGCCCUGGCAAGCUGAGGCGGCCGUGUUGAGUGCAAACGGAGAAGCCGUGUCCAAUGCAAAGCCCGAAGCC